GUGUGCAGGAAGGUACAAGUGCGUUCGUAACAUCAUGUAUCGUUGAAAAAAAGGUUUAAUUUUUCCGUUAGUUACGUUGUUUUCACGAAAGUUCUGUGGAUAAAGUCUCGUAUAAAUAAUUCUUCUAUGGAAUAACUUAAUAACAACGAAACAACGACGAAUGACCGAAAACUUUCGGGAAACGUUACUUGGCUGACUCAAACAAAAUGGCGACUAUCUCCUUCUUGGCGGUACUGUUUACUUGACCGUGAACGUUAUGUUUCUUACAAAGUGUGACAUUAAAGAUGUUAUGUAUUUAACUUCUUUAUUACCAAUUAAUAUCAGCAUAAUUUGAUAUUUUUAAAGGAACGUUUAGCGUUUAUCAUCGUUAAAGUUUUCAUGAUCGUGCACUCAUAAAAUAGGUAAUAACGCGACAAACGUGAUUGAUACUGUGUACCACAGUUUUUUUACUAUUCGCUAUUACACUUUUUCGUAAUUUCCUGUGAUUUCUUUGAUCUAUCUUAACAGAUUUCGUGCAUUCAACUUACAUUAAUGUCUACCCAGUUUAUACUAUAUAGGAACGAAAUUUAAUUUUCAUGUAACCAAGAAAACGUGAUUGAUUAAUCGAAAUUCUUAUUUAUCCCUUCCCGUACUUUCAAUGCUUGUUCGAAUGUUGCUCUACCCUUCCAAGGGCAUAUUUAAUCUUUCUUUCUUUUGGACACUAUUGAUUUGUGAAACGGAUACAACACAAUUGUUAUUUUUUAUACAACUACUCGAUUAAGCAAAUAUUGUGGCAUUCCCAUUAGCUUAAAGAAAAAUGUCUAGCUCGUAUAUUAUUGAGCCACAAGAGAGCGGAACAUCGAAGAAGGAUGAUACACUGAUUAUCAUUGUCAAUGAUGAUGGUACAAUAUCUGUUGAUCAAGAAACUUUGCAAAGUUUAAUCAUGAAUCAGUCCAAUGCAAAUGUCAGCGUUGUUAGAGUAGGACAAGCAGAGACUGAUACAGAUAAUGGUGAUAUCACAUUAACAGUGGAUCCCCCGUUAUUUACAUCUGCCGCAAUAAAUUCUGGGGGUACAUCCACUGAUACAAAUAGUUUAGUUGACCCUUUUAUGGAAAUGGAUCCAGAGCAGUUGGAACGAUUAGAGACUGCUUUACAAAGUGAAGAGGCUAAACAGAUUCUUGGAGAAAAUGUCACCGCAAUGCUCGAUAUGUUAACAGUAGAGGAACAACAAAAUUCCAUAAGAUAUAGUGUUAAAUUGGAUCACUGUUAUACAAGUAGGUCAUCACCAUCUGACCCAAAACCAAGAGAUCCAUUGCCUAUCAUUGAUUCUCCUACAUCGGAUGAUGGUUUACAAUACGCGCGUCAGCAUUCACCUGCUCCUGGAACAUCUAAAACGUUAUUAUCUGUUGGUGAUGCUGAAAGUACAGCCGCGGUGAAGCCGAAAACCAUUGUAAAAACUGGUAAACCGGUCGGUCGACCACGUAAAAAUGUCCCCGCAGCCACUGUUUCUAUCUGCAAUAACUCAAGAUCGUCUGCCAACAUAACAAGUACGCCUAAAUCUGUCGGACAUCCGGUAUCAAGAAAUUUAACAGGUGUAAUACAGCAGGGUAUAGGAAAACAUCAAGGAAGAUCUAAUGAUGAGGAUGAAGAAGAAUUGAUGUCAUCCACUGAAUCAUCAGAUUCGGAACCACCUUCUGAUAAUGAUUCAGAUUUUGGACCACGAGGUCCUAGAAGAGGUGGUAUAAGAGCUAGAGGUGGCAGAAAAGGUCUUACUACCAGAGGAGGAAGUAUGGUAGCUACUCGUAGGAGAGGUCCUAAUAAACACAUGGACAUGGAACAAGUUCGUCGAUUAGAUAUGGAAAUGGCUGCUGCUGUGAAUGCUAUGAAAAGUCCAGAGAAAGAGGAAAAAUCAGGAGGCUUUGGACUCGUUAGAAGUAAAAGGCAGUUUAAAACUGCUGUGGGACGGAAAAAAGAAGAGUCACAACGCAUCGAAGCUUCUUCAACGAUAAACGAAGAUAUCUCGGUUACUUUUGACAAACCGUUGCAAACUACGAAUCAAGUUAAAGCGAAUUUGAUUAAUGCUAAUAUGGUCAAGGGUGAUAUGAUUCUUACAAAGCCUGGACAAGGAAGGACUAAUCAGAAGGUUACUUUUGUUCAAAAACAAGUCCUUAUGAAGCCAAAUGAUCUUAAAAAUAUCGAUGUAAAGAAGCAAGUGAUCCUCCCCAAGGGAAAAUUUUUGAAUCAAACUGGUACCAAGUUUUUUGCAACUAAAGAUGGUAAAUUGGUUCAAAUACCUGUCACUACUAAAGCUAUAACGACAGUUUCAUCAGUUACACAGAUGAAAGGAGCAGUAUCGCAAGUGUCAUCAGUACAGCAGUCUGCUGCGAUACAAAAUCAGACGGCAAAUGUACAACAGCAGCAACAAUCCCAACAAUCGGUAAAAAUGACGUCGCCUACCGCUGUGUCAAAAAUAAGGUCUUGCGAUCCGAAGAAAGAGAAAAGAAAACCUGACAAUUUAGAAACUGUUACAAAAAUAGAAAUCGAUUCUGGUAAAACAACAGAGAACAAAAUUUUUGAUGGCAUGAAAAAACAUCCGAAGAAGGAAAACCGAAAAUCGCCCGCGUAUAUGGUCGAUACUUUAGGUCCUGCUCUUUUCUCCACUCCAGAUAUUAUUCGUCGUGUUGGUACGAAUGGUGAUUCGAAAGUCCAAGAAAAUGUAGUAACAUCGUUGAUCUCUGCGACACCGCCUUCAAUUGUUGCUUCUUCUGGAACGGGAACUUCUCUUUCACAAGUAACACACUCGCCAUCGUCAUCGGUAUUAACAUCUUCAGCAACAUCAAAUCGUUCAGGUAUCAUUUCUACGCCUUCUGAUCGUCUUAUAUCCACUGAAACUGCUGCAGCCGUAGAAAAGCGGGAGAAUGGUGAUUGUUUAAUACAAAAUCAUGAAAUGGAAUCUAAACCGGGUAUAAAAUCUAAUGCAUCGGAGGAGUUACAACCAACUUUGGAUUCGGGUGGUAUAGAAGGCGAGGAACAUUUAUUAGCUACAUUGGAAAUGGAGGCCAGUAAGCAUGAAGAAGAGUUACUAGCUGAGGCAUUGUUAUUACAAGAAGAACUUGGAGUCGACUUGGCUGAACAUGCAACACUUGUCGAGCAAGGAGGAGGUGUAGCGCCAGAAUCGAUAACCUCAAAUAAUAUACUUAUUCCUUCCUUGAUUACAUCCGAGCAAGAAAAUGUUAAGUCAUUAGAUGCAUCUGCGACAAUAAUCGUAACGGCAACUGCGCCGAGUACAACAACAGUUGUGGCAACAACUAGCGCGAGUAUAAACGCACCUAAAGAAACGGGAAGAAAAUCUAUGAAAGACGAUAAGGAACCUAUCCAAAUUAUUCGUGGCGGACGAAUAAUUACGUUGCCUCCCAUUGAAGCUCCAGCUACCAGAAGCAAACGAUUACAAGUUAAAACUGAGACUAUCCAAAAGGCAUUGGAACCUGUCAAACGAACGGAAAAGCUCGGUUACAGUGUACAAACAAUGCAACAAAGGGCAUUGCAAUCUUUGAAACAUGAAAAUAUUCGCGGAAACAUAGAACAAUGUGACAAAGAUGAAAAUGAUAUUCGAGUCGAAGAGGAAGAUCUAGACGAGGAAGCUGAAGACGAAGAGGAUGAAGAAGAGGAAGAAAUAGGAGAGAAGGAUCGAAAACAGGUUGGAGAAGAGGAAGAAGAAGAGGAAGAAGAAGAGGAGGAUAAUUCCGAUUCGGAAGAUGAUCCUGAUAGACUUUGGUGUAUAUGCAAGCGACCACAUAAUAAUCGUUUUAUGAUUUGUUGUGACGUAUGUGAAGAUUGGUUUCAUGGAAAAUGCGUACAUGUUAGCAAAGCAAUGGGACAACAAAUGGAGGAAAAGGGAAUAGAAUGGGUUUGUCCAAAUUGCUCUAAAAAGAAAGACGAAGAGGUAAAAGCUAAAAUGAAUACUCAGAAUGCUUCUGGAAAGCAACGGAUUCAAUCCGAUACUGUGUUCGAUAAUUCGAAAAACCUUACCUCUGUUAAUCAGAUUACAUUUAGCGAAGAAACAUCAUCUUUGAUACAUUCUGGUUGUGAUUAUGGUAAUGUUCAAUAUUCCAGCGGUAUGCAAUGCGUUGUUUGUAAAAAAGAAGCAAGAAAUUCCAGCAUUUAUUGUUCUGAUGCGUGUAUACUCGCGCAUGCCCAAGAAACAUUGACCAAAGACAAACCAAUACCAGGAUCAAUAACUAGUCCGAAAGGAACAAGAUCAUCACCGAUCGACUCUGCCUCAAAACCAAAGUCCGAUGCUCGAGUUAUCGUUUUUGAGAGAAAAACUGGUUCAGACGCUCCGACAAGAUCAAAUUUGCGUACGUGGUUAAAGGAACAUCCUACAUUUGAAGUAGUUGGAACAAAUAAUCUUAGCGCAUUGCAAAUAGGAAAAACGAUUACGACUAUUCAAACACAAGUACCUGGUAAAACAGGAAAGUCUGCAUUAUCGUCACCCGGAAAAGGGCAGAAUCUUCCGAAGAUGACAUACGCAAAGAUACCAGGUUCUAAGCAAAUGAUUUUAACUACAGGAAAUAAAAAAUUCACAGUCAUCUCUACUGGAGAACAGCAGCAACCGCAGCAGCAACAACAACAACAACAACAGCAGCAACAACCUCAACCAUCAAGCACAAAAUCAAUACAAAUGAAACAAACAUUAUUGUCACCAUCGAACAAGAGUCCAUUAUUGUUAAAAACUGCGACAACAAAAUUAAUUGCUCAAUCACAAUCGAAGCAACUGGGUGUUGCGCUGCCAAAGCAAACGCCAAAUGUAAAGAAACAAGAAUCAAAACAAGCAGCCUUACAAUCGAAGCAACAGCAACUUAAGCCAAGUCCGCCGAAGAAACCCGAGACGGAACCCAUAAGAAUAAAUAUACGAAAAACUUUGACAGAGCUGUUGUCUAGCCGUAUAAAAGAAACUGAAGAUCUGAAACUUUCUGAUGAAGAAAUAGCCGAUCUAGCUUAUAAUAUCGAGCUAGAGUUGUACAAAUAUUUCAAAGAUACCGGUGCAAAGUAUAAAGCCAAGUAUAGAAGUCUGGUAUUUAAUAUAAAGGAUACGAAGAAUCUAACGUUGUUUAGAAAAAUUGCUGAUAGGUCGUUGACACCAGAUGCGGUUGUAAGGUUAAGUCCCGAUGAUAUGGCGAGUCAAGAACUGGCCGAAUGGCGGGAGAAGGAAACGAAGCAUCAAUUAGAAAUGAUUAAGAAAAACGAAUUAGAUUUAAUGGCCCAGGCUAAAUCCAUUGUUGUUAAGACGCACAAAGGUGAACAAAUAAUUGAGAAUGAUGGUGGUAUUGAUCGCGUUGAUCCAAAAACGCCGGUGCAAGAUAUCGUGUCUGCAUUGAACAGUGCUGAUAGUAUAUCGUCUACUGUAGAGGAUAUAGAGAAAGAUAUAGAAAAAGUAAACGACGAGGAAAGAUUAAAAAUCAAGGGAGAUGUAAAAAAAUUGAGAAAUUUCGAUGAUAAAAGAAGGAAGGAUAAGGAAAAGGACAAAGAUAGAGGUAGGGAGAAAGAAAGGGAGAGAGAUAGGGAAAAAGAAAGAGGAAGGGAGAAAGACAAUAGCCGUUCAAAGUGUAUUACGAGCGAUAGGCGUGGUAGAAGUAUCAGUAGAAAUAGACACAAACACGGCAGAGAUGACAGAGAACGCAGUAAAACCAGAGAGAAGAGCAGAGAGAGAAAGUCUCGAGAUAAAGAGGGUAAGCGUGAACGAGAAAGAGAUCGGGAUAAAGAAAAGGAACGGGAUCGAGACAGAGGUCGAGAACGAUCUAGAACCAGAGAUAGAGAAAAGUCAAAGGUACGUGAAAGAAAUAACAGAGAGAAAACUAAGCAAAAGGAGAAAGAGAAAGAAAGGGAACGAGAACGUCACAGAAGCAAUGAAAACAGUUCUAGAAAUCGUAAUAACAGCUUCGCUUAUUGCGAAUCAAAGGAUAUCGAUAAAAGAGAAGAAGAAAGAAAAAGGGAGGUGGAAAAAAAAGAAGAAUUAUCAGGCUUGAUGGGAACAUCGACAGAAAAAUCAAUCGAAGAUAGACUUUGGCGACAUAUCGAGGACGAAGCGACUACGAACACUAUUGACGGAAAUGAUUCCGAUGUAUCAGACAGAGAACCCUCUUCCACAGUAACAAUUAAAACACCAGAUAUCAAUGAUGAGAUAGAUAGAGAAAGAGAACAAGAACCAUCGAUAGUUGACGGUGAAAUUUCGAAAGGAGGAUGGCAAACGGUUUGGAGAGGUUUCGUUAACAUGGUGGACGUAGCAAAAUUUUUCAUUACUGCACAAGAAGUCAGUGGCCAUGCAAAAGAUUUGAUGGAUGAUCUACCAGAUACGGUUGAUGUUGUUGGUAGAAUAAGUCAUGAAACUGUUUGGGAUUAUAUCUCGAAAAUGAAAAAAACUGGUUCAAAGGAAAUUCUCGUAAUUCGACUUACCGCAGCGAAUGACGAAGAAAAAAUACCAUACAUAACUUUGUAUAGCUAUUUAAAUAGUAGAAGUCGACUUGGAGUGGUCGGAAAUGUUUCUAAGAAUAUAAAGGAUUUUUAUAUAAUGCCAUUUUCAAAUCAGAGCACAAUACCUCAGGUUCUCUUACCUUUAAACGGUCCAGGUUUUGAAGAGCAUAGGCCGCAUCUUCUUUUAGGGAUCAUUGUUCGUAAUAAAAGAAAGCGCCUUGCCGGCAUAUCUUCUUCGAACGUACCGAUGAAACUAUCGAAAAAGGAUACCGAUCGAAGUUACACGCCUCCUUUAAUAGGUGCUUCGAAAGAUAAACCUAGUAGUACCAAUACAACGAUGAUCACAGCUACAGUUACCUCUACGGCAACACCGACAAAUCCUGCAUCUUCAUCUCCCUCAGCAACCACAACAAAUACAUAUCAUAAAACAGUAGGAAACGUUAGUACGAGCGAUUCUACGAAAGAAAAACAACAUUCUGUCACGCAAACAACUCUUGAUAAUUUAAAUAGAGCACACAUAGGAAUGUCUAGGGGUACACUACUCGAUACUGCAGCCAUAUGCAAAAUAGUUCCCGAGUUGUCUUCAAAGAUUGAUCUUACUUCGUCACCUGGUAAAGUAACCCUUGAGGAUGACGGUGACGAACCUUAUAGCCCUGGUCAAAUGGACGAGGAAGAAAUCGAUCUUGACUUACGAACUUCCUCAACGACAGGUUCAGCAAAUAAUAUCAUUUCUUCCAGUAAAAAUUCUACCGAACUUCAGCGAAAAAUGGAAGAAUUGAAUAGACAAAUCGAAGAACAGAAGCAACAAAUACAGAGUAUUAGUUCGUCGUUUCUCGGUGAAUCAACGCCUACUUUGCCGGGCUUAGGGCUGGACCCGCCAACCGGUGAUGAAUGCGAAGAAGCUUACAGUCCUUCGGAUACGAGAUCGUUUACACCGCCUCCGCCUCCGGGAAUUUCAAAGUUUACUCAACCGAUUCUCGAGAAAGUUUCAAAUAUAACGAUACCACCAAAUUUGCAAGAAAUUUUAGCAAAUGUCAAACGACAAGAGAGUUCGAAAGUAGAUCCGUAUUUACCCUCUAAGCCCAGUGCCACAUUCUUAACUACCACAAAUUCUUCGAUUUAUCAAAAUUCGGAAAAAUAUUCGUCUCCGCAUGCUGUAAAACUUCCAGUCAGCGGAUCAAAUAUAUCUAAUCCGGAGAAAUCGUCAGUAGAAUCAUCAUCUAAUCAUAGAGAUUCUAUUUUGAAAGAAAAAGAAAGUAAGAGUACUUUAAGUUCAUUAAGCGAUUUGGAUUUGAUCAGAAAAGCAGAAGAGGAAUUAGCGGCCGUCGCGGCUGCAUCUGCAGCAGUAUCUUCAGGAUCAUCAGGAUCAUCAGGAUCAUCAGGAUCAUCAGGAUCAUCAGGACCCAUGGUGACUGAAAAUUCUAUUCCAUCAAGUUUAUCUACAACGCCACCAGCUCUUCCAACAAUCAUAGGAACUUCCUCCCCAUCGUUAAUACCAGUAUCUGUUAAUCUCUCUGGUUUAGCCUCGACAACAGAUUCUCCCGUUCACGAAGGAACUACUUAUAAGAAUACUUUUCCAGAAACUUUCAAACGGAGCAUAGCUCCCGAACAACCGAAACCUCCAGGUCUCGAAGAUGAGGAUUUUCCUCCGUUUCCAUCUACCCCACCGAGUGUGGACAAUAAUGUAUCUAACACGAUGUCAUCUCGUUCCAAGUUUGUUCCAAAAAGCGGAAUUGUAUUAAGCGUUAAACGAAAAGUUAGCGAUGACGGUACCGCCCCUUGUACUCCGAACAAAACAUCAAGAAUAAAAUCACGUUGGGGUCAGGGCCCUUCGGAAUCUGUUGAUUAGUCGCAAUCGGACAAUAAGGAUACAUGUUUUGCAACGAAAGAUUGACAUUACCGUAUGUUUGAUGUGACAAACUGGUCGUCUGUUGUAUAUUAUUUACUUUUGUAAUGUCAUUACCGAGGAAAGUAUAACCAAAUUCGAGUAGUUUGGUACAUGGGUCAUGUCAUUGUUUUGCGACCAAAAUUUGAAGAUUGGUGACAAAUAAUAGGAGAAAAAACAGCGAAAUCAUUUAUUUCAAUUUGUUUUUCAUACCAAAUCUGAAAUCUUGGUAUUUUGUGUUCAUUGUUAUUUGAUACAUAAAAAAUGAUCUGUUCACAUCGAAGUUUGCCCCAUCAACCGUGUAUGUAUGUUGCGUACGCUUGUGCGCGUGUAUGUAGUAUUAAGAAACGAAAAGGGAAGAAGGAAAUUAAAGGAAAUCAAAUGUCGUUGUCGCAAAUUUUAUGACACGUAAGAUUAUUUGUAAAUACCGAGGCGAUGAAAAUGAAUGCUCUUUCUCGCUCAUUGAAAACACUUCGCUACGUGUAUAUAGCCUUAUUGAAAAUGCUGUAAUAUAUUGUCUAAAUUUACUCGAAAAAUUAUGUAAUACAGUGUAUGCGUGUUACAUGCGCUGUCAGUGUAUAUAUACAUAAGUUAGUUAUAAGGAUCUACGACCGACCAAUGACUUUAUUUCUCCGAUCAGCAUAUUUGUACAUUUAUUUGUGCGGUCGUGAUUAAUUCACCGUACAUCAUUCUAACAAUUCGUAAAUAUAAUGCGAUAUUUUUAGGUUUGUAAUGCUUCAUUCGGGAAAUUAAACGUUCAUGCAACGGUGUAAUCGUAGAUUCUUUGACACGCAAGUCUUUAAGUUGCUUAAGAUAUCAUAAAAUCCACCAUAAUGACAUAAGUUUAUUUUUCCAUUUCGAAUUUGAGAUCUAUGAAAAA